CCGCUAUGUAUUGUGUGUGAGUGGCUUUUCUCCCAGCUCGGAGGAUGUGGAGGAGGGGCUGUAACUGAGACACACUGUAACAUUUGUCUGGGGGAAGUUGCUGGCGGUACUGUGUGUUACUGGAGGCUGCUGCAGCUGGCGGAAGGCUUCAGGCCAGGCUGGACAGGUUCAGAAGAGAUGUAUCAACGUAGCGGAAACCGGGGAUGGCAUCAUGGGCACCACCAGAGUGAUAUUCAUGCACCUAGGAAACCCCACUCAAGGCCAUACAGAGGAGGCUACCAUGAUCAUAGAGGACAUGGCAAUUAUGGCCCAUAUCAUGACAGUCCAUGCAAUGACAGAAAUUUCAAUGACAAUGAAUAUGUGGAAUAUCCAGAGACUCCGUACCGUGAUUUCCUAGAAGACAGAAACUAUAAGGAAUAUAGAGACCACAGAGACCCUGCUUACCAUAGUGGUAGGCAUCAUAACAGUAGCAAUAACAAAUUUUCUGGUUACCAUGGAGGCUAUCAGCGGGACCGUGGACAGUCCUCACAUUAUCAGAACAAGACCUCAGAACCCCAUUACAAGAAAUAUGACUGUAAACCUGCGAAGAGUUAUAAAAAAGAAAACGAAGUUCGAGUAACGACCUCUACAGCAAAAGCUUUACAAACAGUGUGCCAUAAUUCCGGUCCCACUGUUAUAACGUUAACCACCAGCAGCUCUGAGAUUGAAAGUGAGUCUAAGAGUCCAGCACAAGAUAAAACAAAGGCUUCACAUAUUUGUGAGAAGCCUCCACAAGAGUGUACAAAGGCUGGAAAAGUUUGUGAGAAGCCUUCACAGGAGAGUACAAAGGCUGGACAAGUUUGUGAGAAGCCUCCACAAGAGAGUACAAAAGCUGGACAAGUUUGUGAGAAGCCUUCACAAGAGAGUACAAAGGCUGGACAAGUUUGUGAGAACCCUUCACAAGAGAGUACAAAGGCUGGACAAGUUUGUGAGAAGCCUUCACAAGAGAGUACAAAGGCUGGACAAGUUUGUGAUAAACCUUCACAAGAAAGUACAAAGGCUGGACAAGUAUAUAUGAAGUCUUCACACGAUAGUACAAAGACUGCACAACUUUAUGUGAAUCCUUCACAAGAGAGUGUAAAAGCUACACAAGUAUAUAAGAAGCCUUCACAAGAGAGUGCAAAGGCUACACAAGUUUGUGAGAAGCCUUCCCAAGAGAGUAUAAACACUUCACAAAUUUAUGAGAAACCUUCACAAGAAAGUCUAAAUGCUACACAAUUAUAUAAGAAGCCUUCACAAGAGAUUUCAAAGUCUGCACAAGAGUGUGCAAAGGUUGUACAAGUGUGUGAGAGCUCACAAAAGUGUGCAAAUAAAAGUAAUGUGAAAAAAGAGCUUAUGCAUCAAGUAUGUGAUCGGCAAAAAGAGAAAGUUGAAAAGGCACCUCCUGCUUGUGAUACAAAGACUGUCCUAAAAACCAAAGAGGAUAUUGUUGCAGCAGAGGAAAGGCCUCAAGAAAGGCAGAUGCUGAUGAGAGCAUGUACAGGAAAAAGGUUGCACUCGGAAGAGAGAGAUUAUAUACUCAAUGAAAACCAAAAAGAUGCAGAAACCUGUGUAGGAAAGCGCAUAUGUAGGAGCCAAGAUCACUACAUGGAUGAAAGCUACAUGGAGAAGACUGUUCAGAUUCCACUGCUGGGUGAAUUCGUAGACAUGUCCCCAGAGACUAUUGUUCCUGUUGGCACCAUUAAACAAGAAAACUCUCUACCUGCUGUGGAAUGUGGUCUGUCUGACAAUGCGCAAAACCUGCGUACAGCAUUUAUCUUGGCGAGAAAAGAAGAGAUUGAGCUGGCUUUUGCUCAAGACUGUAAGUCCUUUGCUUGUGUUGCAAGCACAUUACUGAAAAAAGAUCCAACUAUAGAAGCUGCUGUGACGAAUGCCCUUCGAUCUAGUCUGCAGGAGGUGGCUGGACGCUGUGUGCAGGAACUGACUAACUUCAUAGAUCACUAUGACAAAGUUCUUGUUAACACUUCAAAUAGAUUACAGGAAUAGGACAUAUGUGGAACCAGUACAGACUCUAAAGAAGUACAGUACAGUAUUAGGUCAAUCGGGUUGUUGAGUUAGCCUGAGUCUGUUUUGUUUUUUUGGGAGGGGGGUUUUUUUGCUGUUUUUUUUUUUUUUUUGAGGUUUCUGUUAUGAAGGCAUUUUAUAGAAUUGUUGUUUCUGCUGCUAUUACUCAAUGGCUUUGCUUAUUACAUUUAGUUCCAGUCUUCCUGAUUGCUUUUGUCAUCUAGUGCAAUAAAAAUUAAAUAUAUUUUCUCUGAGCCCUUCUGCAAAAUAAAAUAUGGAGAUGGAACAAAAUAAAGACCUGCAGCAAUAUAAAAAA